CCUCAACAAGGAAAUCAACGUUAAAUUUUGGAGACUUGAGCAUAAUUGAAACACAUUUCAUCUCUCCAACGUAACUGUUGUGUCUCAUAACUGCAACUCAGAUUUCCAUUUCACAGUGACUGCAGAUAACCAACCAACCAAACACAGGAAACAAUGGCUGAGUUGGUGGCUGGAGCGUUUCUGUCCUCUUCCCUUCAGGUGGCCUUCCAGAAAUUGGCUUCUCGUGAAGUUCUUGACUUCUUCCAUGGCAGGAAGCUCGAGGAUGGCUUGCUGAAAAAGCUGCGCAUCAUUCUUCUGCCUGUGAAUCAGGUUAUUGAAGAUGCAGAGGAAAGGCAGUAUCGAAAUCCUAACGUGAAGCAGUGGCUUGCCGAGCUCAAGGAUGAAGUCUUCAAGGCUGAAGACUUGAUCGAUGAGAUUACUACUGAGGCAUUGCGACAGAAACUGGAUGCUGAAUCGCAGACUCUGACUGGCAAGGUACAAGGUUGCUUUACUACUAUCGUUAAUCAAAGGCUGUUCGAAAAGUGUUUAUAUUGGUAUUUCAAAAGGAAUAAAUAUUUUUAUGAAUAAUAUUAAACAUUAUUUAAGGCUAUUAAAAUUGAAAAUUGAUUUCUCUAAUUGUCUUCAAAUGCAACGUUUAGAGACCGCUAAAAUGAAUUAGUGUAAUGAGCCAUAAUGUUUAUGAAACUAGUAAUUAAAUCAUGCUUUCAGACUGUUCAAAGGUGGUCUAAUCUUGUCUAUAAAUACCAAGGAGUGUUGUAAGUCCAAUGCCAUGCUCUUCAGUUUUCGAGACAAUUCUUUCCUCGACCUCUAUACUAUGUUGUGCGGCCUGAGUAUUAUUCUGCUGGUCUUUGUUAUUUUGUGUCCUUGUUUAUUUUUACAAGAUAAGCUUUUUAAUUUUGGGGAGCUGCCGCUCAAUCAAUUGGUAUGGCGGAAUAGCUCUUAAGGAUAAUGUUUUUUGGCAUAACUCAAACUAUAAUUUUAUUCACUAGUGCCAAUAAUCUCAAGAGCUAUUUUCCAGUAUGUUAAAUGGACAAUGGUGAAUAAUGAACAUGAACACCAAUAAUGCAUGCCUAUCUAGCCUGGUGCCAAUAAUGAAGAGAUGUCUGUCAUUCACACGGCUAGGCUUUCUGUCACAGGUACGCAUCUAAGAAUAUCUAUAAUUUUACUCAAGAUAUUAAUGGAUUUUGGGGUUGAAGUGAUCGAUUAAAGGACGUGUAUAUGAUAUAGUAUGGACGGAUUGCUAUUUGUUGUGGUUUUGUUUCAGGUAUGUGUUAAGAAUUUGACAAAUAACUGAUUUGUAAUGAAGCAUUAUCAAAACCAAUAAUGGUACUUUAUUUUGAAUUGACCAACCAUUGUCAUCAUUUAUUUAUUGCAAUAAAGAUUUCCCACGGGUUUCACAAGGAAAUAUCCAAAUUUAAAACUGUUAUUUGGUCAAUACCUUUAAAUAGGCUUUAUUGCAAUAUUGAGUGAUAUUAGGCUUUUUAGCCAUUCAUGUAUUUAUGUCUGCAUAAUUGUGUUUGUGUAACUAAUGAAGGUGCAAAUUAGGCUCUAGGUCCGAUGAUGGGGGUAUGAGAUUUGUUAUGAGACGAAGUGUUCAGAUAAGAGCACACUCUUGAAGUGGGUUAGUAUGGUUAUGAUUAAUGAAUACCAAAGAGUGUCCAAUAUAUCCCUCUAUCUGAACUUACCUAAGACCUUAAAAAUGCUUCCUUUUAGAUGAAAAGUGUUAACCUGGGGAACACUGAUGGCAGUUGAGAUACUCGAAUCGCUGUAACAUUGAGACAACUUGAGACCUAUUUUUAUAGGUACAUCUAAUAUUGAAUAAAACCCUAUGAUAUUUUUGAAGCACAAUAAACCAUUGAUUUGUAUUAGUAGCAAAGUCAUGUGGUGCCUUAAAAGAAUUUGAUAGUAGAAUAAUGUUGUGUCUAUUACUCGUGGAAGAAUAAUGAUAUGUGAAUUGUAGAUCAUCAUAAAAAGGCAUUGAAGCUAUUUCUCUAUUACGCAUUUGGUUUUAUAAUAUAUAUUAAGCAGGAACUUUAUGAAUGAGAGGUGGAAGAUAAGUGGAGAUAACAACUGUCUUUUCAAGACAUUAAAGCAGUAGUAAUACAAGGUCUGGCCAUCAUUCAUUUCUUCUUAUUGGUUUUAUAAAUAAAUAAAUGUCAUUAAAGGUGUUGAAUUUUUUUUUCUCAAAAACGCAUAUUGGUUUGUGAUAUUUUAUGAUUAUGGGUGUCAUGACUGAAAUUAAUCACAAUUGAAUUUAUUUGCGUAGGAAAAAUGAGUGAAGAACUUAACAUGGUGUUAAAGUUUUAUUCAAAGUAUGAAAAAGCUUUGCACACCUUAUUUUA